CCGCCCCACAUGAGGUGACCACAAGAUUACUGAAAUAAUUAGAUCCCUGAUUAGUUGUCAGCUAUCUGGUACCCACACGAUGCCACCACAGAAACACACAAAAACAAACAUAUGGACACUGACAUCUUUCUAUGGCAGUUGAGGAGAAGAUGGUGGCCGCUGUGCUCCUCUGGCUCUGUUUCGCCCUGCUCACCACACAAGAACAUGUUCAACCUAAUGAGCAACUGCUGCAGCUGGAUCUCUGAGUUCCAGCAGCCCAUCAGGAAAGUCAAUGUACUGGUUGUCGGUCUCGACAAAGCGGGGAAAACCUCCACCAUCAGGGGGAUGCUAAGAGUGCCCUCGGGAGACAUGGGUUCGGUGUUUGGGUGUGUCCGCACAGAGCUGAGAGUAGAGAACUUCCUGGUCACCCUGUUGGACAUGGGCGGAGACCCGGAUGUGCGCGGGUCUUGGCGGGAUCUCUGUGGAGAGGUCCAUGGUAUUAUAUUUGUGGUGGACUCCAGUGACCGGCAGAGGAUUAAAGAGGCCAAGGAGCUUUUGACAGAACUGCUCAAGCACCCUAGAGUGGCGGGAAAACCACUGCUGGUGCUGGCCAACAAGCAAGACAAGAUGAAUGCCCUGCUGGGAAGUGAAAUCAUUGAGAUUCUAUCUCUGGAACGUCUGGUUAACCAGAGCCGCUCUCUCUGCCACAUUGAGCCUUGCUCAGCUUUAAUGGACAUGCGGAAGUGGACUGACAGGAAGACACUGCGGGGUCUUCGAUGGCUGCUGCGCGCCAUCAAUCUGGAUUACCCAGAACUCUGUUCUCGCAUUACCAGAGACAUCAAGGACAGAAGAGCUCAUGCACCGGAAGAGCGAGACAGGUGUGGGAAGAUGGACAGAUGCCGUGGCAAACCCAGAGAGAAAACACAUGUCAGCAAAAAGGUACAUCGCCCGCGGGAAAAGCACCAAAGACCCAAGACUCCCUCACUACAACCCAUUAGAAACAUCUUGAAGAAGGAGAGCACGCUGAAUAAGAAGCUGAAGAAAAAGAAGAAAAAACAGGUCAAGAUUAAGGACAUGGAAGAGAAAAGCAGAAGAGGUGAGGAGACUGAGGACGAGCAGGAUGAGGAGGGCGGGAGAGGAAGUGUGGAGACAGACCCUGAAAACGGCGUGCAGAAAGAGAAGGCCAGCACUCCCUUGAUAACUCCAAAACGAGGGAAGCUGAAAAGCAAAGUCAAAGUGACGGAAGAAAACCCAGAAUCAGUUGAAAAUGAAGACAAAGAUAAAUCGAAUAAAGAAAAUGGGGAAAAGAAGAAAAAGAAAAAGGUGGUCAAAGUAAAGAAGAAGAACAAGAUAAACACAGAGGAGCUGCCAGUUGCAUACUCCCAGCCUGUUGACCUCUCCGCGACCUUUGAUCUUUACCGAAAAGCCAUUUUGGCUCUGAGAGAGCAGCAGGAUCAGGGCAGGUGAGACGGGCUGAGAGAUAUAGUCCUGGGUUCAGCGUGUGAUGACGCAGUCUGCUAUCCUAGAGAGGGAAGCACACCUGUGGUUAAUGAACAUGCUGUGACACCUCAGUCACUUACCCUCAGCCUCUUCCCUGCCAACUUCCAACCCACCCAGACUGACAGAGGGAGGCCUUCCCUGCCAACUACCAACUCAUCCAGACUGACAGAGGGAGGCCUUCCCUGACAACUUCCAACCCACAAAGAUUGACAGAGGGAGGCCUUCCAUGGCAUCCACCAACCCACCCAGAUUGACAGAGGGAGGCCUUCCCUGCCAACUACCAACCCACCCAUACUGACAGAGGGAGGCCUUCCGUGCCAUCCACCAACCCACCCAGAUUGAUAGAGGGAGGCCUUCCCUGCCAACUACCAACCCACCCAUACUGACAGAGGGAGGCCUUCCGUCCCAUACACCAACCCACCCAGACUGACGAAAGAAAGCCCUAGUCUGCCUGCAACCUCUUCUCAACCUCAUCUUCCAUUCUGUUACCUCAUAUUUUGAAUCUCUGGAUUAAACUUGAUUGCAUCUGGUUCUGAAGGACACAUUAGAAAACUUGAUUGUCCAUUUUGUUAGGGAGGAAUUACAAAGUCAUGCCACGCUGGAAUUUAUUGGUUGUUUAUUUUAUGUUACCGAAAAGAUGUAAAAAACAUGAAAUAUAUGAAAGAGUAUACAUGACAUUGUAUGUAUGUACUUGUUGUUAUUAAACUAUCUGCAGUUAAA